UAUUUGAGACGAUUGCACAUAGGUCACGAUUUGCUUCGAGUCGGCCUGCAUGAAAAGGAAACAAAUCUAAACAAAAUUUCUCUUUCUAAAUUACUAUAUAAACAGAAAAGGAAAGAAAUCUGAACAAGUUUUCACUUUCUAAAUAUCUAUAUAAAUAGAAAAGGCAAUAGAAACAAAUUUUCUCUUUCUGGAUUAUCUAUAUAUAUAAACACACCCAAACUCUACAUCUUGUUAAUAUCUCUCACAACAUCAACAAUGGGGAUAACGUUUUCGAGGACAAACCGAGUGAUAACAACAAGGUCGCAGCUUGACGAAGACAUCAACAAUCUCUUCCUCAACAACGAAUCCCCUCAAACACUUUCCACGAAUCUUAUCGAUCAACAACGUGAUGAUCAACUAAUCUCUUCUUUCCUCGAAGUCGCUGUCGGUCAGACCGUCGAAACCGCAAAAAGGUUCUUGGAGACAACGAACUGGAACAUAGACGAAUCCAUCAAUCUUUUUCUCCUCCGCAACACCUACGAACCUUCCGUUGAAGCUCAUGCCGCGGAGCAAAGUAACGAGUCAACGACGUUCGAUGGUGGAGAAUCAGAUUCGACAUUGGCUUCCAUGUAUCGUCCUCCUGUAGACUUGCUUUUCGAGGGUCGUACGUUUGAGGAAGCGAAGUCAACUUCUUGUACGCAGAAUCUAUGGUUGCUAGUGAAUCUCCAGUCCAGAACAGAGUUUGCUUCUCACGCGCUCAAUCGUGAUUUAUGGUCCAACGAUACCGUUUCGGAAGCUGUUAUGUCCAGCUUCGUCUUGUGGCAGGUCUAUGAUAACACAAUCGAAGGGAAGAAGAUCUUGAACUUCUACAAGAUCGACUCUGCUCCACCUGUGGUGCUUGUGAUCGAUCCCGUCACGGGUCAGAAGAUGGGGAUGUGGAGCGGCGUGGUUGAUGCUCAGAGCUUUGUGGAGGAUUUGUCGCGGUUUUUGGAGGCUGGUCCUCAUGAGCAUGUUGCUUCUCUGAUAAGGGACAGAUACCCUGAAACGGAGGAUGAUCAGACUUGUUCCGCAAGCAACAAUAAUGAUCAAGUCCCGGUUCCUUCUUGGGGUGAAGAGUUUGAAAAGGAGGAUGAUUGGUCCUCAAGCAAGGGUCCUUCUUGGGGAGAAGAGUUUGAAAACGUGGUGGAGACGUGUUCUUCAAGCAACAAUGAUGAUGGCAUCUUUGAGUUACCGGAUUUGACAGAAGAGCCCACAGUAGACUGUGAUAAAAGCCUUGUGUGCAGUCUAUGUGUUCGGUUUCCAGAUGGGAGAAGAAAGCAGAGGAAGUUUCUCAAGACCGAACAUAUUCAGCUUCUCUGGUCUUUCUGUCAUUCUCAGAUGGUGGAUUCCGAGAAGAAGACGUUUAAGUUGGUACAAGCGAUUCCUGGUGCUUCAAAGACUCUUGAUUAUGGACUCUAUGCGACUUUUGAGGAAUCUGGACUCGCUAAUUCGAUGAUCUCGGUUCUUUAUAACUAAGAAGACAAGAAAAGGAUUGUGAGUUUUAGUUCGAGCGUGUUACUGUUCUUUUCUGCUUCUUAAUUCCUUGUAAUGAAUCAGUAGUCACCGUUCUAGUAAAAUUUCAGUUUCUUCUUUUUCUAAAGAGGUAAAACCAGAUAAAAUGUUCAACUUUACGAUCUGUACAACAUAGAUCACCCUUCCAGAUCACUUAACACGCUAAUUUCUGGUUCUUGAAAUCUCAACUGCACUGUAAAUUUCCCCCUUAUUGAUUAUGCUAGUUAUCAAUUGCUAA